AGCUUAGGCGCUCUGGUUCAAAGGCUCAGAGUUGGGUUCAAAGUGAUUUCAAGGUAUGGCCGACCAUGGUGUUAGGCGCUGCGCCUAGGCGGCGCUAGCAUACUGAUAGGCACAGCGAAGAGAAUUUUAGAAAUGGAAGAGGAAAUGGAAGAGAAGUUUGUGGACAAAGAUAAUAUGUUGAAGUUGCAGCAGCGAGUGGCUCAGCUUGAGAGCCAGUUAGCUGAGAGUAUCAGACAACACAACCAGGAGGCUGGAGACCUACAAAACGCUGUGGUGAGGAUAGGCUCCAAACUGGAGCAAGGGGAGGCACAGAGACAUAGCCUGGAGUAUCAGCUCACACUAUCACAGAAAGAUGGUCGUCAACAUAUUGACUUACUUGAACAGAGAGAGAAGGAAUGGAAUACGUUGAAGCAGUCGUUUCAAGAGCGUGUCUCCCAGCUGACGACUCAGUGCCAGGGCUGGAGGAGCACUCUGGACACAGUGCAGCAAGCCAGGGCCAAGGAGAGGGCAGAGCAGCAGCAGCAACUCACCAUACAGAAAAGUGAACUUUUGCAACAGACUACCCUCUACCGAAAGUUGGAAUUGGUGCACCAACAACAAGCCCUGGACAACACAUCAUUGACAGAGUCUGUCUCUGCACUGGAGAGCAAACUUGACAGUGUAGAAGGAGAUUUGUCAGACAAGAGUGAGUGUGUGGUAAGUCUCACUCGGGAGCUAGAGGAAGCCAAACAAGAAGGAAAUAGCUUUAGAAUGCACUGGAAGGCUGCUGAUGAGAGGGCCAGUAGUCUGAAGGGCCGGAUGGAGUCAUUACAAUCUGAGCUGAGGACAGCUCAGUCUGGCUUAAAGGCCGGGUCUCAUAGAACCAGAGAGUUGGAGACACUUCUGGGAGAGCAACACUCAGCACACGAUCAGGUAGUGUGUUCCUUGGAGGAGACUAGAGCAUCUGUCAGUACACUUCAGGCCUCCCUCAAGAAAGAGAAGGACAAAUCAGCCACAAUCAAUGACCAGCUACACAAGAAGGAGAGUGAGUGUGAGUCACUGAGACAACAAAAGAGAGAGAAGCAAUCGCUCAUCUCAGAGCUCUCACACCAACUACAGCUGCACAAGAGUAACCUUCAGACACUCAAGGAGGAGCUAAACACGACCAAGCAGAGACAGUCGCUCUUGGAAGAGUCCCACAAUGCCUCCAUCCAGGACGUGGACUCUCUCCUCAACUCAUUCACAGCCAAACACCUGCCUCUAACAAGUCACAGUACAGCUCCACCCACUACUGAUGUUUCCCAACUACCCGAUAAAGCCCGGCGAUUUUUGAAGGGUGUAUUGUCCCACUUGGUCAAGGUUGAGUCUAACGUCAACCAGUUGUCUUCUGAUCUCCAGGCUGAAAGAUGUAAGGUGCAGGAGAUGAGCAAGGAGUGUGCCAGCUAUCGUGAUGUGGUUACAGCCAGGACAACGGUAAAUGCAGAGGCAGAGCAUAGACUGGGUGCCAACAGUAAGGAAAUAUCUCGUCUCACCACUGAACUAUCUCACACCAAGACAGUUAACACCUCACUGACAUCACGACUAGAACAGCUAGUCCAACUCAAACAGCAAGUACACUCUGAGUACACCUCCACACUCAACGAGCUGAAAACUCUCCGAAAGACACACGCUGAUGCUGUUACCAAUCAUUGCAAGUAUCUACACACACUCCUCUCAUCCCUCAAUGCUUCAAAGACCAAAAACAGUUCAUCCAGUGAAUGUGGAUCCGAUUCUGAAUUGAUUAGCUUGGGCUCAGAUCAAAACAAGUGGGAAAGACUGGCUGGCUCUGUGACUACUGCAAUUGUAGCUCUGGCAGAUGCCCUCAAGCGGACCAAGAAGGAAGCUAAACACCUUCAAGCCACCAAUACCAGUCUAGUGGCCACACUACAGUCAACUGAUGAUAUGUACAAGGAGAGCAUGGGGAAGAUGACCUCAAAUAUGGAGUCACAAGAGAGACAUUGGGCAGAGAGGACUAAUGAACUAAAAAUUCUAUACGAUACCAAGUUGAUUGAGAGCAAAGAAAGGUGUUUGGAAACUGAACAGCAAAUUGUUGGGCUAAAGCAAGAAAUUGAAACUUCUUCAAGUGAAAGGAAUCACUACAAGACGAUGCUGGAUCAGGCCAAACAGAGAAUCGAAGAAAUUAACAAUUUACUACAAGAAAAAACAUUAAGGCUAUCGACAUUGAAUCAAAAACUCGAAGAGUGCUUAAACAAAGAGAAGGAAUUUUCACUUAAAAAUCAACAACUUGAGGAACAGCUCAGCCAAGUACAAGAAGUUCACAGAGGCUACAAGAACGAUCGAGCUUGUCUGCUUGCCUGUAAUUGUCUCCUAGCUGGCUCAUUGUUCCCAACCUUGGCACGAGUACAAGAGCUAACGAAGCAAAAAAAAGUUCUACUGAGACAGCUAGCCUUGUGUGAGAAGCUUCAACAGCAAGUGAUUGGAAUCGUACGCUCCAUUCAGAGUGAUAUAGGAGAGCCUCAAAGUCAGAGCGUCCUGGAGAAUUCACAAUGCUCAAUAAUUGGCAACUCAAAAUCACCCACUACUCCAUUACUAAGGUUCAGAAAGGUCUCGAUAGUCAUACUCGCAGUAAAUCGUCUCAAAAAAAUGGAUAAACAAACAGCCUGCCUUUUUUCCAUUAAUCUUUCCUCUAUUUGUAAUCAUCACAUUACUGUACAAUUGGGACAACGAUUGAGCAAACAUUCACACCCUCCUCAGCAACAUCAAGCUACAGACAUUGCCAGCUGGCUCAGGAGCGAACGAGUUUUAUCUGAUGUGAGAGACUGUUUUUCUGAUCUACAGUCCACGUUAGACUCGAUAACCUCCAAACAAAGCAGCUCGUAUAACCAGUCUCCAAUCAGACAGCGACCGUCUAGCAAUCAAAAAUUAGAAUGCCAAAGAGUUAUCAUUAAUCCAACUAAAAACUGUUUCGUGCAGAUAUUGGAAAAGAUGAGCUGUCGUUUCCAUAGCGAUUGUGGGAGUCUAACAAGUGAUUCAUUGUGCUACCGUCUCGGUCGAGGGUUAGAGAGAGCUCUACACAGCGUGUCUGGUCAGGGCUAUUGCAACUCUACUGAGUUGUGUGAGUCUCUCCACACCCAAUUGACCAGUCUUAUUGGUCGCCUUCACGAGGGUGAGAUGAAACGUCACACCCUCUAUCUCACUCUGGAUCAACACAAGACAGAAAUUACCCGUCUCUCUAGUGCCUGUCAAGAUGCACUGGGUCUGGAGUCACAAGUGGAACAACUGAGAAAGGACCUGGCUGGAAUGGUCACUCACGAGUGCUACCUAAACGUGUGUGGUGAUCUGGAAGCGGCAUUGAAGAGAGAGCAUGAGUUUAAGUUGUCGCUAACUCAGCAUGGCGUGGCUGUGAGACAGUUGCAGACUAGGUUAAAACAAGAGGGACACUCCACUCAGACCAAGAGUGCCGCUCUCUGUGUUCUCGAGAAAGAGCUCAACAAACUUCGUGUGAACCUUGAGCACAAAGAAGAGCACCUAGCUGACACGAGGAAGCACUUAGAGCUGGCUAACAAGGAGAGAUUGUCACAGGCCCAGCAGUUAGGGGAGCUUCAAUCUGUACUAACCACAUGUAAACGUCAAAUCGGUCUGGCCCAUGCUGCAGUCACUGCUGAGUCUGCAAGUACAGAAGAUUAAUAGUUGAAAAAAGUGUAUUCUACACAGUUAUUAUUAUACUGAGGUGAGAUGGACACACCAAAUUCAACUGUGAUAGACUGUAUGAUUGUUAUGUUUGUGGGAUAUUAUAUCAUGUGUUUUUGUGUUUCUAAGAAUCUCUUUUGUUUAUCAAUGGUUGUUACUCACUCCGUCCGGUAAAGAUCAUUAAUAUAGUUGGUUGGUUUUAUGAUAA